CGCGCGCACGUCUCAAAAUACGUUUAAAACCAAUUCAACAUCAAUAAAUCGCAAAACGAUUAGUGGAUUGUAAUAUUUGUAAUAAAAGUUCAUUAAAAACGAUUAUUUUUGUGUGUGUGUGAGUGUCUGUGUGUUGCGUUUGUGCGAGUGUAAAAUGGUGCGCACGUUGAAAGUGGUCGGGUGUUUCAGAAUGCCCAAACGUGCCAAAGUUGAACCGGCUCCAAGCGGCGAAGGAAUAUUCACUAUUGAUAUGUCAUCAACGAGCACUUUGGAUGUAGCCACAGCAUCCCAGCCAGCUCUUUCGGGAGUUCCAGCAGUAGAAAUGCAAGCGAAACACAGCGUAUUAUGGCAUUUACUCAUCGACCUGCCAAUAGUCCUGCUCGUUGCGGCAGUAUGUAUUUGUUUGGAAGUCGGGGCGCUGCCGAGCCGACGCAGCGGCUUCACGUGCAACGAUCCAGCUCUCUCUUUCCCGCAUACGGGAGACACGUUUUCCAUCUCGCUUGUCGCAGCCAUUACGGUUAUCGUGCCUUUUUUCGUUCUCUGGGCCGUAGAAGCGAUGCUAUAUCAAGACGACGAAUACAACAUGAAGAAAAGAAAGAUGCUGGCCAGCGCUAAAACCGCCGGUCUCAUCUACAGAGAUUACAUAUACGGGGCGGUCGUUAAUCUCACCAUCCUUGAGGUGGUCAAGUGUGUGGUCGGCACUCCGAGGCCCACGUUCUUUGACCUCUGCCAACCAGACAAAGCGUUGACUUGCAAUGAUUCCGAGUACGUGAGCAGCUACAAGUGCACUUCGACUCAGUACUCCAGGUACUUGCAGAUCGAUUCCAGCAGGAGUUUUCCUUCGGCGCACGCUUCUCUUUCCGUUUACUGCGGUUUGUUCUUGGCGUGGUACCUCCAGCGUCGGGCUUUCAGCUGGCACAACCGCUCAGUGCUGCUGAUCCCGCUGGCCCAGGUCCUGGCUCUGGUGUACGCGGCUGUGUGCUCGCUGAGCCGACUCACCGACCACCGGCAUCAUUGGUGGGACGUGCUCGUUGGCGGACUGAUGGGUGUGCUUAGUGUCAUGUACACGAUCGUAGUCCUCUGCAAGAACUUCUCACAGCCGUCCGUGGUCAGCACCAGUGACAUAUCGAGCAGCGACGGCAACAACCACCAGGCCGUCCAGAGGCUUCUCUCGAGCGCACCGAGGGUCGUGGUGCCCUAGCCACAAGCGGUGUAAGCUGAACGCUUACCGGAACUGGCAGGGGAUAAUAGACCCAAGUGCGGUGAUUAUGUGAGUGAAUUUACACUACAGCCAGGUGACGUAGGAGACGGUCGAUGUCAAAAAAAAAUCUAAUAAUUCUAGAUUACGAUUCUAGAUUAAGCAGAGGACGAGAACUGAGAGGUAUGAUGAAUGAAAAGUUUGUUGACGGCAAUGAUUUGUCGCGUCAAUACGGAAUGAAUAGAAGUCUUUCGGAAUUCGAUUAUCAAUAAUAAUUCGAUGUAAACGAUUAAAAGAUACUUUACAAAAAUAUCGAUUCAGAUUGUCUCGAUUCUGUUCGUGUUAUCGUGAUUCGGGUUUUGAAUCUAUGUAAUAAAUCGUUACAAUCGUAUAUAAAUGGUAAUAAAGCUUAAGUGAAAUUUAUUAUCUUUAGCGACGUUUCGUUCGGAUUCUACAUAUUUAGUUUUAGAGAUUUUAUGAGACUUGACAAUUAGAAGGCAGCUUAGUUUCUUAGAGCCAUUAGAAGCGGUAGGCGCGAGUCAAAUGCUAGUUGUAGUUUUAGGUCAUUUGACUAGAUGUAGUAUUAUGUUAAGUUUGUCAAUAUAGAUGUUGUGUAUUUUGUAAAUAUUGUCACUAUGGAAUAGAACAGAUCUUGUUUUUCGAAAUUGCCGCACGACAAGCCAACAUCAUCACGUGUGACGUCAUUUGUGGCCAAAUUAAGCGACGCGCUAGCCACAGAAUAUAAAUCAAGAAAAUAGUAGCCACAUAUGACAUUACCCGUUGUGAUUGAUCUUCGAACAAAUAGAUUCGAGACCUUUCAAACGAGCAGCUUAAAGUUUGACAAGUAAUUCUUUAAUUUCGCGUGUUGUAAAAUAAAUUAAAAGUAUUUUUACGGCUUAAUCUUUCCACUUUACAAUUUACAGUUUUCGUAGUUACGGACGAUUAUAUGGAAGGGUGAAAGGCAUUUUUGCAACUUACAGGAGAGUUAUCUAUAUACAUAACGACGCUUGAAAGGCAAACAUGACUAAGCGACAAUAACUGCUUUGUACAUAAAUGAUAGGCAAUAAUCAUAUUCGA